AUGGCCUUGCGAAUAUCUCCAAGGUCUCCCUUCGAGGAGUGCCAAGUUGGCCAGAUACUCGUCCUCAAGGCAGAUGAUGCCCACCCCGCACUUUCCUCCCCAUCGUCUCCCAUCUUUGUGCGCAUUCGCCAACUCCAUUCUCACACACUCUCCUGCAAUAUGGUCUUCGAUAUCCUAGAUAAAGAGGGCUCGGUCCUGCUUGACUCCUCGCCCGCGUUCUUGAAACUUUUCGAUCGACGCUUUGCCAUCCAGCACCGACAGGAUAAUGGGGUCGAACUCUGGACCCGUGAAGUGGAGGUAGAAUAUCUUGAUGCUCUUAAAACUGACACGAUCCCACAAUUCCUCGAUGACCUUCACAAUAUCGAGAAUUUUCAGGACGAUACGGAAGAGGAUUGGGAUAAGACCCAGGUCGAAGCUUUCCUCAUAGAUGAACUCUUUCCGUUGUACGAGACUGAGACAAAGGUAUAUCGUACACUACAGGAAUAUCAGGGCCGCUUAAUUCCAAAACUUCUUGCCGCGGUGACCUUAGAGCUGGAACUCGAUCCUAUAAACCUAGACGUCACCAGCGAAGACAAGGACCGCCCCCCGGAAGCGCUCGAACUACUGCACAUUAAGGGUAUCCUGUUGCAGUACAUCCAGGGAUUUGACCUAUGGAGCAUGCCAGAUCACGCUCCUCGGACCUCAUGGCAAAAUAUCAUCGAUCAAGCAAACGACUAUAAGGUAUUUAUGAUUGAUUUUGCACUCUGCCGGUUUAAAGGUGAGAACGAAUCAGAUGCAGAGUGGGCGGAUGCCAAGUUUACCAAAGACGAAGAGGGAGCCGUUGGGUUGGUUAUGGAGAAGAGGCUGCUAAAUGGAUACGGGUUUGAGCUGCAUUACGAGACCUCGCUACAGUAUUUGGAGGAAGUCGAGCGAGGAGGGCUGUAG